AACUUUUAUUUAUUUCAAUAUCGCAAUAAACGUAAUUUUUGAGAAAUGCGUCGCUUAAAUAACCUGGUUACGCUUUUUACGGCAAUAGUAGCGUUCUUCUUUGGUAGUUUUAUUACACGUAUUCUGACCAUAGUAGACAAAUGCCCGGCACCGAGAAGUGGUGUGGCCAAACUUGACCCACAUCCAGAUUUAUUUCUAGCGAUACUUGUGUUUAGUGCGCCGGGCAACGCCGAGCAACGUGAAGGGAUGCGCGAGACCUGGCUCCGUCUGGGGCAGCCACUAAAGCAACCAUACUAUCCCGAGGAGUAUAUCUACCUGCCCAGUUACAGCACUGCCGGCGGGCAUUUGCAAAUGGAAACGGUUGCAUCGCAGGCCCAACGACUGCAGCACUACAUAAAUUGGCAGAAGCAGCUGCCACAGUUGGAGCAGCCACGUGUGCAUCGCAACAUCAAGUUGAAGCAUCUGUUUGCCAUUGGCACACAGCAAAUGGGAGCGACGUUGCGCGCCGAAUUGGAGCAUGAACAGAGCCAGCAUCACGAUUUGCUGCUGCUACCGCGCCUGCACGAUGACUAUAUGAAUCUGACGGAGAAGCUAAUGCAGUCGCUGGACGCGUUGACCCGGCACUAUGAAUUCUCAUACCUGCUUAAAGUGGACGAUGACACCUAUGUGAAGCUGGACAAUCUACUCAACGAACUUGUCUCCUAUGACCGGAAGCUUUUGAGAAACAGACCGAACUAUGAACAUGAGCCGCUGCCAGAGCUCUACUGGGGCUAUUUCAAUGGACGCGCUACGAUUAAGACGAAAGGUCACUGGCGCGAGUCUAAUUAUUAUAUAAGCAAAAAUUACAUAAACUAUGCACUGGGCGGCGGCUAUUUGCUCUCCCGCAAGCUAUGCGAGAAUGUGGUCAACAAUUCUCAUUUACUGUCAAGCUAUGGGUCUGAAGACGCUUCUCUGGGCACAUGGUUGGCGCCACUGCGUCAUGUCUAUCGAUGGCAUGAUGCACGCUUCGAUACCGCCUACACGCCAAGCAAGUGUCGAUCCUAUCAUCUGGUGCUGCACAAGCGCAACCCGCAGCACAUGCAUGACAUUUACGCUGGCAAGCUGUGCACCCACGAGAGUCCUGGCCAGCGUGUAUUUGUCUCCUACUAUUAUGACUGGACAAAGCCAGCGGACAAGUGCUGUGACAGCAUUGUAGUGUAGUUAAUACCUAACUGACUAUUCCCAGUUGCCAUAACCAAAGAUAUAAGCUAAGUAUUGUGAUUAAGAUAUUCUUAGGCAAGUAUUCAAUAAAUUGCUCCUAUG